GAUCAGCAUAAAAGUUUUAUUUGAGCUAAAAUGGCGACCUCGGAAGAGCAUGGGAAGCCGCGAGUUCUAAUUUUAGGCGGGACAGGAUUUAUCGGUCGUAACCUUGUCACAUAUCUGGUGGAGAACAACUUGGCUUCCAAGGUCAGAGUGGCAGACAAAGUUCCUCCUGUCCUAGCAUGGCUGAACCAAAAGCACAAGGAAAUUUUUGAAAAUCCAGUGGUGGAAUUUAAGCAGUCCAGCCUAAUUAGUCCAGCAUCAGUGUCUAGUGCUUUCACUGACCCAGAGGGUGAAUACGAUUUUGUUAUCAACCUUGCCGCAGAAACAAAAUACGGACAGACAGAUGCAGUGUACCAAGAAGGAAUAGUCAACCUGAGUUUGAACUGUGCUAGGGAGGCGGCCAAACAUAACCCAAAGGUGUUUGUGGAAUUUUCUACGGGACAAGUUUAUGCUGCAGACAAGAAACCUGCAAAAGAAGACAGCAAGUUGGACCCGUGGACCGUGUUGGCUAAACAUAAACUGGAGGUAGAGAAACAGCUGAGAAAUAUCCCUGGUCUCAACUACCUGGUGGUAAGGCCUGUUAUUGUGUAUGGCCCGGGGGACAAAAUGGGGCUAGCCCCUAGGUUAAUCAUAGGAGCAAUAUACAAGUACACAAGACAGAAAAUGAAGAUGUUAUGGACGAAAGAUCUACAGAUGAACACUGUUCAUGUUAUUGACGUUUGUCGUGCGGUCUGGCAUCUUUGUAACCAUGGCAAGAAGGGUGAAGUUUAUAACAUUGUCGACAACAGUCAUACCACACAGGGGAAGGUCAGUGAGCUGGUGUCUGAGAUUUACGACAUUAAAUACGACUUCAUGGGGUCAGUGCUCUCCAAUAUAGCUAGAGUCAACAUGACAUCCGUCGUAGAGGAUAUUAACGAUCGGCACGUACAGCCCUGGGCUGACGCUUGUGAGAGGGAUGGUAUAGUAAACACGCCGUUAAAUCCCUUUAUAGACCAGGAGCUUUUAUACAACAAGAAUUUAGCCAUGAGCAGUUCUAAAUUAACAGCCACUGGAUUUACCUAUAGUAUACCAGAGCUAAAAAUAGAAAGUCUCAAAGAAAUUUUAGAUGAUUAUAUAAAAUCUGGACUUUUCCCUCGUUCAUUACUUUCUGCUGAAAUGCUAUGGAACGGUAAUGAUAUAGAUGAAACAGAGGAAAUUCUGCCAGAACAGAAUGAACCAGAGGAAAUUCUGUCUGAACAGAAUGAAGUACAGGACUCCUAGCAUUAUUUUUAAAUUUCAGUAUUUGCUAACAUAUAUAUUUUUAACAUUCCAAAGUUUAUAGAGUUAUAAACAUGUACUACGUUAAUCUCGUUGUUUUUGAGUGUGUCUGUAUGAAGAUUGCAAGAAUCUUGAUAUUGUUUGCCUGAGGAAUAUUUUGGAGAUCAAGUAUUUGAUUUUGUAUGUUUUUGGGAAAUAUGUCUGUUUUCCUUUAAUAUUAAGUAAGAUAUUCCUGUAAUUGUUAUCUUCAGAAAAAUUCCUUUUUUUGCUAUAUUUUGAUUCUAAUCAGAGAUAUCUUUGACUCUUUAUUUUAUGUGCAUACAAGUAUAAGAAUCCAUCACUUAUUGCCAAAGAUUUUGCUAAGUUGUAUAUCGUUGUAUACACUCCAACCUCUUUGUAUAACAGAGGAAACAUGAUUAAAUAUUUGCUCAAAUAUUCACUUUUAUAAUGUAUACACAAAACCCCCCACAAAAUCAUUUUGAUAUACAUUUGUACAUUAAUGCUGGCAUAUGUCAUUAUUACAUGUAUAUUUUAAGUGCUUUUAUGCUCCUGAAUAUAUGUGCUGUAAAUCAUUUUUUCCCUUGAAUUUUUCUACAUGAUAUCAUUGUUUUUAUCAACUGAACAUGGUAUCUCAUUGUUUUUAUCAGCUGAACAUGCCUUUUGUUUAUUGUUAUGCAACGUAAAAUGUGAUCUUGUUAUAAAAUUUAAUAAUUCCCUCAUAUUGGAGAUUUAAUGGCUCAUUUUAUAGUUGAAUAACCAUGUUCAUUUGCUUCUGUUAACCUGUCUAAUUUACUGAAUAAUCUGUGAUGUCAUUUCCUGCCUUGUAUCAAAAUAUAUCCAAAUUAAGCUAGCAAUUUUGGCGCCUUCAUAGAUAUUAAGAUGAAUGUUUCAUAUCAUGUUUCUUACCUCUGUUUUUGCUUGAAUGGAUAAUGAAAAGCUAAUUUCUAUAUCAAGGUCAUUUCUAAGAUACUUUUCAGAUUUAUCAGUUCCAUUUUGAGAACAAUAGUAAUAUUUGAUCCUUGAUGCAAUUUCAUUCAGUUUGUUGUGUUAAAGGGAAAGGGCUGAUAGAAAUGAUUUGUUUUUUUUUUUAUGUGUGAUGUGUCUUUCUUGCAUUUAAAUUUUAUGUUAAUACAGAGAAUACAUGUACAGUAUUAUUUAAGUAUGUUUGUGUAAAUAUCCAAAUUACAAUACUUCCAGCUAUUACUGAUCAAGGCUUAUUUAAUUUUCUUUUCAAAACAAAUUCUUUUUUUGUGGAAUAUUUAUCUCAAUUUCAGGUAUCUAUUCUCAUAUAGGCUCAUGGAAUAUGUUCAGUCAAACUCAAUACUAGUAUUUCGAACACAGUGGGGGGAAAAAUGUAGGUAUUGAAUUAAAAACCAACGCAAAAAACAGAAUUAUUACAUUCAAAUUCUUGUAUUUUAUCAAUAGUAUUCGAAAAUUAUGAAGUUUGAGAUAUUGAAGCUAAAUUGUACACUAUAUGUUAUUAUGAAAUUGUACAUGUUUUUAACAUGUAUUUUAUAUAUCAUGCAUUUUAAUUAUAAAGCAAUGUGUUCACUAGAUUAUAUUAUAUAUAUUUCAUAAUUUUCAAUCCUUUAGUCAUAUUUUAUAAUGUACUUUAUCUGUAGGUUUUUUGUAGUUUCUUUAUAUUUGUGUUGAAAAAGAGAGCUUUAUGAUAUGUUUUCAAAAGUUGCUUUACAUACAAAUCUAUCUCUUGUUCUCUCAUUUGCUUUUUUUUUAUAUUGAGAGAUUUGGGUGAAUAUUUUACAAAUAACAAUGACAGAAGCAUUUUCAAAAGCUGAAAUACCCUUGGCUAUUAUGGCGUUGCAAUAGUAGCCAAUACCUAAAUACUAUUUUCAAAUAGUAAACAAAAUUAAAUGUGAAAGUAAGUUGUCCUUAAGGAAGUGCAUUCAAUUUUAUGAAGUCCAACAUAGAUACUUGUCCAGUGAAAAUGAUGAAACAUUUGUUUUGAUGAUGCCAAAGUUUAUUGUCAUCCAAAUUGUAUGGAACAUAUAAUGUUUUUCAGAGUUGAUAGGUUGAGGAGGUUUUGGGUGGGAUGGGGUUAGGUUGAGGCGGGGACGGUUUGUUUGGUGUUUGUACUGCAACUUCAGUUCUUUGCAGAGCAUAACUUGAUCCUGUUUAAGCAGUCUUCAGACCUUAAGCUUUAAGAAAUUUUCUUUUUUUAAUUUAAAUCUCCAAGAUAUGAUUACCUUACUUAUUUUUCUUUGCAUAUCAUUUCCAGCUUCUGUAAGAUGCUGUUUUGAUUUUUACAUUUGUUAUUUUUCAAGCAUUGAAUGUCGCUGAAUAUUAUUUGUUAUAUAUAUGCAACACAAAACCAAAAAAUAAAAUUUUAUUUACAAUGA